UUUAAAAACCCGCAAUGUGUCAAACGCCCCCGAUAAGACGCGGGUGAAUCAUAAUAUGAUAAAUAUCUAUUUUUUAAUAUAUAGAUAAUAUAUAAUGUGAAACAAAAAAUACUACAAUAAUUAUAACUCUGUUAUAAUAUUUCUAGGAGUUGUAUAAACACAUUUCUAUAUUUAAAAAAUGGAUGAUAUUCCAAUUAUUAGCGAUAUCCUUUUAAUGAAGGAAGGAUCUUGCUCCGACACCUGUCGCAGUAGUAUCAUAGGUUUAUCAUCUAAAAUUACGAAUGGAUUCGUAUAAAAUAAAUAUGCAAUUUUCUAUGAAAGAAAUAAAAGUCAACUUGAAUGUCCUCUUAACAUUUUAAUUAAAAAAAAUUAAUUAAGAAAAAAUAAAUAAUUAACGAAUAAUAAAAGUAAGGAAUAAAUCUAAACCACUAUGAAAGAUAUUAGAGAACGACAAUUUGUGGGUAAACUCGAUCGCUAUCAACUUGAAGACAAAUAUUUACGUGUUUUGGAGGAAAUGGAAAAUUUGAAAAAACUAUCCAAUCAACAAGAAGAUAAAAUGAAAAGACUCACUACUAAAUUAAUGAGAGUUUCUGCAAAUCCAUCAGCUUGUAUUAAUCUUCAUGAUAUUUGUAAUGACAAGGAAAAAAUUUCUGCUUUGGAAUGCGAAAAUAAUAAGUUAAAAAAUAAAGUAAACGUUUUAAGAAAUCAGUUACUUAGUCAAGUAAAUCAAAGAAAAUCGCCUAAAAGAAAUCAUAAAUUUCUAAUCGGAACACCAAAAAAUGAAAAUGGAAAUACAAAACUGAAAAAUUCUUUGUGUCAAUAUUUCUUGCAAAAUAAUGAAGAGGAAAACAUUGAUAAACAUUUGCCUAAAAUUCAGGAACUUGAAACACAAACAAAAGAAAUGACAUCAAGGAUUUCAGAACUUGAAAACGAAUUAGAAAAUCGUGAUAAAGAAAAUCAGAGAGAAAAAAUUACCGACAAUAUUGAACAUAUUCGUAAUUUGCGUUACAUUAAGGAAUGUACUGAACAACUUGUGGCAUUUGAAAAUGAAAAUAAAUCUUUAAAAGAAGAAAUUGUGCACGUAAAGAAAAUUCUCAACGAUACAAAAAGAAUUAAUAAAGAAAUGACAUCAUCGUUAUUGAUUGAAAGAAAAAAAAUAACUGAAAUGGAUUUAAAAAUUUUCAAAUCAAAAGAUUCGGAACUUUUCAUUAGGGAGAAAGACGAACAAAUUCAAGAUUUAAUGAAUGAAAUAAAAAUUCUUCAACAACAUAAUAGCGAAUUAAUAGCAUUAAGUAAUAAAUAUUCUAAUAUUGAAAUUGAAAAUUUACAAUUGACCAGCAAAAUAUCGGAUCAUGUGAAUAGUAAUGAAAUUUUAAAAAAUAUGCUAAAUAACGAACAAGCGAAUACAAUUGCACUUCAAACUGCAAAUUCACAAUUACUCUUGAAAUUAAAUGAACUUCAACGAAAUGUCGACACAUUAACAAUUCAAUUGACGACAUUUGAAGAAACGUCUAUAAAGCAAAAGUUAACGCCCAAAAAAAUUAAUAAAGAAAAAUAUUGUUUUCCACAAGUUUGUGAAAAUGUUCGCAUUGAUUCGCAUGUAAAUAAAACGAUUGUCAAUGAAAAACGAGACGUAAAAUUGGGAAUAGAAAAAGAAUCACAGACUGAAAAUAAUUAUUUUCAACAAUCGCAGUCGCCAAAAAAAAAUAUUUUAAUUCAGCCUCGUGUAGAAAUGGAAAAUUCUACUAAAAUCAAAAGUCCUGAAAGAAAAAAAGCGGAAAAAAUGACAAAAAAUACAACAACUGUUCAAAAUGGAAAUAAUACAUUAUCACCGGAAAGAAUGUUAAAAUUAUUGGAACAGGCACAAAUAACAACAAUUCCAUUUGAAACGGAAAAAACUCAUUCGAUGAAACAGCAUGUUGUUGAUCCUAUUUCGGAAACAAUACAAAAACAAAGAUUAAAUGAGAGAAAAAUGGAUUUGGAAAAAACUCAAUUUUUAAGCAAGCACAUAGUCAAUUAUUGCACCAAUAUUAUUUCUUUUAAAGAUCCAAAUCAAAUUCUAUUUCUUUUUACUGAAAUUUUAAAAAAUUAUAAGUCCUUAAAAUAUAAAAAUAUAAAUGAUUCGAAUAUUGAGAAAAAAAUUAUUAUUGACUCAAACAAUAAUGAAACUAAAACAACGGCCAAUGAUUACUGUGUAAAAAAUGAAAAUAAUAUUUUUCAAAAUGGUAGUGAAAUUUUCAAAUCAAAUUUAAAAGAUUUAAUGAACGCCGAUGAAGAAGAAAAGAAGAAAGAAGAAUCAAAAUGUUUUUGUAUUUGCGAUGGAAGAUGUCCUAAUUAUUUUUAUAGACAAAUUAAUGAAAAAUAUAUUUGUUGUUGUACGGAAAAUUCGAAAAAUAGAAAAAAUAUUUGUGAACCUUGUUCGAAAUCUAUAAUCAAAGUGAAUGAAAUUAAUACUUCAAUUAAAGAAACUUUUCAUCAGAAACAUAAUAAAGUUAAUGAAACAAACAAAAAGCAUUGUGGAAAUUAUAUUUCAAAAUUAUUGAAUAAUUCAAUUUUAAUAACUAAGGAUCAAGGUCUUUUGGAAGUUCACAUUGUUCGUCUUCAACUGUCAAAGUCGGCAGUAAGCCUACUUUAUCAAGACAAUGAUUUAUGGAAAGCAUCAUUCUUUAUUAGUUGUGAUAUUGAAAAUGAAAAAACAUCAUUUACACCAACUAUGAAUUAUCCAAAUUUAAAUUUUGAUUCAUCAUCAAUUUUUGUCGUACUUGAGGUUUCCAAUUUUUUACAUUAUAUUUUUGAGAAAUUUAUUAUGUUUCGAGUUCAUGCUUUUUAUCAAAAUCAAGUUACACACACUGUUGCCGAAACGAAACUUUGCAUUAGGGAAAUUUUAGAUUAUCCACAUAAUAAAAUGCAAUAUAUUUCAUCAGUUACAAGUGUUAUACCUUGUAGUUAUGGAAUAAAUUUUGGAUAUCUAUCACUGUGGAUUCGUCUUGGUUGUGAUCUUAAUAAAAUUAAAACAUUUAAAAUUGAACGUGGAAUUGUUUCCGAAUCGAUUCAAAAUGUAAUAAAUAAAUCUAACCAAGAUAGUAUUACAAAAAAUUUUGAAAAUCGAGAAAAAAAUUUCCAAAAUCAUUAUUUACCGUUCGAUACAGAAAAUAAUGAUAAUGAUGAAUUUAUGAAAGUAGAAGAGGAAGAAGAAAAAGAGAAAAUUAAAAAUUCUAUAAAUGGAAAAGUUAUUAAAAGAUCGGAUAAUAGUAAAAGUUCUGAAUCUAAAUACAAAGUAAAUAAAAAUUUAUUUCCACAAAUGGAAUCGGGAAUUUCAAAUAGUUCUACAAUAUCGACAAGUAAUUUUUCGGAAAAUGAUGAAUCUUUACAAGAAAAUGAUCAUUUAAAAAUAUUAAAUGAACUUAAGGCAAAAAUAAUGAUAACUGAACAAAUUGACAAUGAUGAUAUAUUAGAAUUUAAUAUGCUUUCAAAUAAAAGUCAAUCUGAUGAUACAUUAUAUGAUGUACUUACUGAUGAUAAUUGGGAUAAAUAUAAGAUAAAGAAUUUCCAAACCACAAUCAAUCAAAAUAGUGAUGAAGAAUCUAAAGACAGUGAACUCGAUGACGAAGAAGAAUCCUUUUCUCUACAUGAUCAAGACAAGAAGCUAAACUAUAUAAUAAUUGAAUUAAAAAGUAUAAAACUUUUUAAAGAAUCAGAUAUAUUUCUAAAUCCAAAUAUCGUUCAACUUUACAUUGAAUAUUCAUUCUUGGGAUAUUUUGGCAAAGAAAUGGAAACUUAUUCUGUUCCUGUUCCCGAAUCUCCAACAUUGGAAAUGAAGUAUAAUUUUAAAAAAGAAUUUCAAAUUGAUGAAAAAAAUCAUUCAAAACAAAGAGAAAUAUUACGAAAAAUGUUAAGAGGACACAUAGAUCCUUGUAUUAAAUUUAUUUUAGUUAGUGAACCUUUACCGGAAGAGCAAUAUAAAGAUUGCGAAGAAGUCGGAUUUGCUCAAUUAAAUUUGAAGGACUAUGUUUUGGGCAAUUAUAGCCGAAACAUGUCGCUUUUAAUAAAGAAUGUUAAUCAAAGUAAAAACAUGGGACACUUGAGGAUCACUGUAGAUGGUAUUGAAGCCAUGAAAAAUUGUUCCUAAUCAAUUUUAAUUAUUUUCAUUAUUCUAAAAUUUCCCUGCUUAUUAGUCUUUUUUGUUUCUAAAAUUGAAAAAAAAUCAAAUAAAAC